AUGCUGCAGCGCAUACCGGCGUACCGUGAUCCUCUGCUUCAGGUCCUCAGCGACGCACUGAGGCGUGCGCUCGACCUCUACCGUCGUGAGAUGUCGGCCGGUGUUUCGGUGGAGUUUGAGUGCCGCCUCGGGACCUUUUCGGCGUCGCGGCACACCUACGCCCACCCGUUUCCGACGCACACACUCACCCCGGCCGUGUUGGACGGGCAGUCGACGACGCCCUUCUUCUUCUUCGCCGGGGUGGCGCAGCCCAGCUUCACUGCGCUGCAUGACGCGCUGAAGGCCGUCGGCGCCGCCAUGCCGCCGCGCUCCUCCACGGUGCUGUCGGUGCGAACGACGGGGAAGCAUCGCCUGGAGUACGCCAUGAACGAGGCCUGCAACCGGGGCCGGCUGCUGGCGAUCACCGAAAAGGAGCGCGUUUUCUUCCACGACGUGCGUUGCCCGGGGUGGGGCGCGGACUUUCGUGUGUCGGUGUCGCGGGAGCAGACGCUGGACGCGGCGACGUGGACCCCGGCGCAGUGGGAGUCUUUUGCCCCGAGCGUCUCGCGCCUGCGGCAGCGCAAGUCACUGCACGUCGCCCCGCUGCUUUCCCUGGACAUGGCGAUGGUGCGCUCCUUCACCGACCACUCGCGCUUUGCGCGGCCUUGGUCGGCCGAGCUGCAGGUGCCGUUCGUCAGUGCCCCGCGGGUCUCGUUUGACGUGGAGGUGGAGGUCGACAUGCCGGCGCUGCGGCGCGCGGUGCGGCAAACGCGCCUGGUGGACUCCACGCUGGAGCGGACGGCGUUGGACCUCCUUACGGUACUGCAGUUUCUGGCCGAGAAGCGGGGGUGA